UCAGUUUUGUGAGCGGGACAGCAGUGUCAAUAUCUUCAAUCCACAACUGUUGUACAAGCACGCUCUAAGUCCGGUACAUUCAUACGUGUCCGAACUUUAGUGUGUGCCACUGUCAUCUUUCUUCGGGCUCUGAUGCAUUCUCCGUAUUUUCAGGGAAGCUGUCUUUGCCUACCUCAUGGACUCUCAUCUGUCACUCUUAUAAAAGAACCGAACACAUGGUCUCUGUUUUGGACAUCAAUUCUGAAGCAUACGCCAAACAGAAGGCCUUGUUAGACUCACAAUCAUGGUAUCAUCACGCUCUUUCCCGAGAGGGCGCGGAAGCCAGAAUCCGCCGAAAUGGCGAGUUCUUAGUUCGAGAGUCGAUGCACAAGCAUGGCGAGUUUGUGCUGACCACAAAGUGGAACGGGCGCUUUUUUCACAUGUUGAUAACUAAUUGUACUCCACCACUUGGUGUCGACCCCGCUACUUUGCACUUUACUCUGGGUGAGUAUGUUAAACCAUCAAUUGUCGAACUUGUUCGCUUCCAUUGGAUCAACCAAUUGCCAAUGACUAGGCAUUCUGAAGCUAUUAUUUGCCGUCCUGUACUCUAUUCAGGUUUUAUACCACAUCUGAGUGUUGAUUCGCGCCCGUUUCAGGCUGAGACAGAAGCGGUCUCCAAAGGUGUGUCUAAAGCUUCGGGGCGUCAACUAAGUGCGUCCGGACCGACGGGCUCAAUGUUUAACCUCGAAUUGGUUGGGUCCCAAAGUGAAGUCCCACGAAAGGGUGCAAGUGUAACAGACUUGCGUUGCCAGUCUUAUAUGGAACCAGAAUGUUUUGACAAUUGUCUUCUUAGUUCCAGCACCUUGAGCUCUUCCAUGUCAGCCCGUAUGGAGCGAAGCAUACACAGUCCGUUGCCUUCAUCUUUAAAUGAUGUAAGGUUUGCUGGUGGAACUACGCCAUCUACAGCUACAUCUCCAACGGCAAGGAAAGUAUCUGGAAUUAGUCGCAAACAGAUUCGCUAUGUGGAAAUGUCUGAUGCACCAAACACACCUCUAACAAACCAUUCUGUAGAGCGUAGCGAACCGCCAUCAACCAUGGUAAAGCUGACGUCGGAAUCGGUAAAGCCAAAUGGUUGUACGGACUAUGACCUGACCCGUCCUUUUCCCGCUGAGCUGGCAGUCCUCAUAGGCCAACCCGAACGUGCGUUGGACGAUAAAGUGUGGAAACGUUUGAGCAUAUUUUUCUGCCAUGAAGAAUGGAACCAACAGUCAUUUAAGCCAUUCAACUACGCCGGGCAUUUGGCGUUGGAGCUAAUCCGACUGGUUACCGGCUCAUUGAAGUUUUCGGAGUCGCAACUAUCGGGAAGUUUGUUAAGGAGGAUAGAGGAUGUUCUCCUUACACGAACAGUUAGACAGGAUCUCUUGAUAAGAGAUCGUUUUCUCUAUUUGUUUGUGAUAGCCACGGUUCUGUUCUCGUCGGGUCCAACUCAGCGCCUGGGCGCACUCAAAUUUUGGUUAGAGGUCGUACAAUGUUCCAACACAAUUUUUCGUGAUCGGCAUGACUUGAAUGCUGUUCUUGGUGCUUUGUUCUCUCCUCAGCUGCGUGAACUUAAAUCCAUGUGGGAAGACUUAUCACUGGAGCAUUCAACUAACUUCAACAGCAAGGUCAUGGAGGAGUUGCACUCGCAAUACACGAGUACUGGGGGCACGCACAACUCUGCUGCGGACACGGUAUCAACAAUGGUGCUUGAAGUGGACUUCAGCACACAACUUCCCAAUCUUAUCCCACUGUUUCUGCAUGACAGACCCGUCUCUAUGCCUUUCCAGCCAGAGGUUUCCGGCCAAAGCAUAGUGGAUGAUCCAUGGAUUCGUGAGCUCGAGUCUGCUUGGAAAGAAAAGGAUCCCGUCCUAGCAGCCUUGGUACGCAGCGAAACCAUACUGAAGUUACUGAUGGGACCGAUCAAGCUGGAACGUGGACCUGUGUUAGAUGCGCUGUACAACAAAGUGGAUUACGUACUCAUGGAGAUGAGCAAAGUGAUCCAAUCGACUUGACUCCGUCCGAUACGAACUCCAAACUAUACAUAUCAUCCCGACAACUUGCCUUCAUUGUCCUUUUGUGACUUGACAAUCUUCAUGAAAAAUUUGACAAUACAAGUUCUUUUGUGAUAGCGAAAUAUUGCAUCAACUUUUAAGAUACAAACAGUCGAAAAGGAAGUGUAAUUUCCAGAGAAAAGUCAUAUCGCUGAAAGCACUGAUUAGCGGGAGGCAUGGGGGAAUACAUCAGCGAGAACAUUCGAGCAAUUGAUUUAGUCCCUCAAUGACUUCUUGCACUGCUUGGUAUUGAAGGCAAUUCAGUGGUUUGACCAACUUCGGUAUGGCUUGUUGAGCGAUGAAUUCGAGGUUCAUGAGAACGAACGGCUUCUGGAAAUAAAGAGUACCGGAAGGCGUAAAAUGCUAUAGAAAAAGAAAACCAACAACAAACUUAUUCGACUAACCUCAACAACUCUCUGGUCGUCAAUUCUGUAUUCAUAGUUGAGAGACUAUAUAUAUUCAGUUUAGGGUCAGGCAGGUUUCCG